GAAACUGGGUACAGCUGCAGAAAACCUCUGCCACAGCAGAAAGUGUCCAGCGGUCUAAUGUCCUGGACUGAUUUUGAGGUUGCAUUAUUGGUCAGAUUGGAUUUUAACUGUCUAGGGCACAGAUCUGGUGGAUUCUCUCUGCUCGUUUGGAUCAACGUAUUCAGAUUGUCUCCUACACCUAGUGUCUAACGGGAGCAAAGUUGGAGCAGUGAGGACCAGACGAACAGGAUGGAUGACAUUUUUACCCAGUGCCGGGAAGGCAACGCAGUUGCAGUUCGGCUCUGGCUGGACAACACUGAAAAUGACUUGAAUCAGGGAGAUGACCAUGGCUUCAGUCCUCUCCACUGGGCCUGCCGUGAGGGACGAUCCAAUGUUGUCGACAUGUUGAUAAUGCGCGGAGCUCGGAUCAACGUGAUGAAUCGAGGUGAUGAUACACCACUUCACCUUGCUGCCAGCCAUGGACACCGUGACAUUGUACAGAAGCUUAUCCAGUGCAAAGCAGAUGUCAGCGCAGUGAAUGAACAUGGAAACACACCACUGCACUACGCUUGUUUCUGGGGUCAUGAUAAGGUGGCCGAGGAUCUGGUGCUCAGUGGAGCCCUUGUUAGCAUCUGCAGUAAGUAUGGAGAGACCCCAUUGGACAAAGGAAAGGCGCACUUACGGGAGAUACUGAAGGAACAUGCAGAGAAGCUGGGCCAGAGUCUGACAAAAGUACCCUACAAGGACACUUUCUGGAAAGGGACAACUCGCACUCGCCCCCGAAAUGGAACAUUGAAUAAACACGCUGGCAUUGACUUCAAACAGCUGACCCUGAAUCAUAAAAUCAAUGAGAACCACUCUGGAGAGCUAUGGAAAGGCAGGUGGCAGGGGAACGACAUUGUCAUCAAAGUCCUGAAGGUGCGUGAUUGGACCACACGCAAAAGCCGUGACUUCAAUGAGGAGUAUCCAAAGCUCAGGAUAUUCUCCCACCCCAAUGUGCUGCCUGUACUUGGAGCUUGCCAGUCACCACCCGCCCCACAUCCCAUCAUCAUCACACAUUGGAUGCCUUACGGGUCUCUGUACAAUGUCCUGCACGAGGGAACAAAUUUUGUGGUGGACCAGACUCAGGCAGUGAAGUUUGCACUGGAUAUUGCCCGUGGAUUAGCCUUUCUCCACACCCUCGAGCCUCUCAUCCCAAGGCAUUAUGUCAAUAGUAAGAGCAUCAUGAUUGAUGAAGAUAUGACUGCUCGAAUCAGCAUGGCUGAUGUCAAGUUCUCCUUCCAGUGUCCAGGAAGAAUGUAUGCUCCUGCCUGGGUGGCUCCAGAAGGUGAUUAUUCCAUUGUUUUCUCACCACAGACACCUCAAGUACACGCCCAAUCGUUGGCACUGGUGACUCGGGAAGUGCCCUUCGCGGAUCUCUCCAAUAUGGAGAUCGGAAUGAAGGUUUCUCUGGAAGGUCUGCGACCCACCAUCCCCCCAGGAAUCUCCCCCCACAUCUGCAAGCUGAUGAAAAUCUGCAUGAAUGAGGAUCCAGCAAAAAGACCAAAGUUUGACAUGAUUGUCCCUAUAAUGGAGAAGAUGCAGGACAAGUAGACAGGGGUUUGGAAAGCUUUCCCUCUGUAAAUCCCUUCCUGUCAGCCUUACAGCUUCCUGUAACCACACACAGCCUUCACAGAACUAUCCUGCUUCAAGGACUCCCAUUGCUUCUGGAUCUGACUCGAGUUUCAGAAACCUGCUCCUGUCUUCCUUUGUUUACGGUGCGUGUCUGUUUUGCGGCAUUGUCUCUCCCUGUUUUAUAUUUUUGAGAAUUCUGUUCACUCCUGGAAAUACAAGGCCUUCACUUUCAUUCAGUCUGACAAAGGGGAGAGGAUUAAUUAGCCAGGAUUCUUGCUCCGAAUCACUGACUAGCAAUUCCCCAAGCUAGAGAUCGAUGGGAAAUCAGCCAGGAUCCCAGUUGAGACAGAGGUGGGGGGGGGGUGGAAUAUUAGCCAGAGUCCUGCUACUGAUCCCUGUCCACUUCUUGGCCCUGGAAAAUAGCAGUAUCUGUGGAACUGGUUCAGGGACACUUCUGUCUGUGGUUAUCUAGGGUGUUGUGGAAUACCACCCUGGCUCCUGUUUUCAUCAUCACUAAAGAACAAUAUUGUAAAAGGUCAGGUCCAAUUUUGUAAUUCACUGCAGUUUCCUAACCUGGAUCUGCUCACAGAUCCUCCCUGUUUACAGGAAGUGGGUCUCUUGCAGCAUUGCCCAUACCUGUUUUCUCUAGCUAUUGACAUUAUCAACCUCCUGGCUCCCAGCCAGCCUUUGGUUGCAACCGGUCUCCCCUCUGGGGCUGAAUGUGACCCACAUUCCAGAGGGUGAAAGGAUAGCCGUGGUGCUCAUCUGUGUGACCCCUGUUCCUUGGCCCUUGCUGUUUGUGUCCCAUUCUCGCUAUGGAAAAUGUGAAGACCUUGUGCUCCAAGCUGUCACCUGUGUAACAGUCAAUCUUCACUAACCUGUCUCCUUGCUGUUGCUACCUCCUGGCUCUUGAAACCAUUAACUCUGAAUCUUUUGCCAGGCAGCAUUACUCAAAUGGAACUUGCUAACCAUUUAUAUAAUUUAUAUAACACUUGUAUUUUUAGUUUCUUCCAACAAGUCACUGCUGUUUUAUUGAAAAAUAACUUUAUGGACUUUGCAUUAAAGAGAGACGGAUUUCCAAUUUA